AUGUGCCUCCACACCGGCGUUAACAGCUUUUCUAACCUGUUGCUUCGUUUUCAUUCCACAGCAGCAGCCACAUCAACAUCAUCCGCGUCCAUUGUGGCUGCAAUUCCUCCACGCAAACGCGGUCGACCAAAGACGAAAGUCGCCGCAGAUGCAGCUCCCAAGUUGAAGCUGAUUGACAAACUUAAGGAAGCCACGUUGAAUGUAGCCGCCAGUGAGCAGGCUGUAUACGCAUCCACCACCAAGGGUGGCGUGAAACUCAUUUUUAAUGGGCACCUUUUCAAGUUCUCCUUCCGCAAGGCGGACUUUUCGGUUUUCCAAUGCCUGUACCGGGAGCACGGCGAGGAGUGCAAAGUGCGGGUUGUGUGCGACCAGAAGCGUGUCUAUCCGUACGAUGGCGAGCACGCCCACUUCAUGCAGGCCAGCGACAAGAGCUGUCUGCCCUCGCAGUUCAUACCGGGCGAAGGCGGUGCCAUUGCAUCGUCUGUCAAGGACAAGGGUGGAAAAGUGGAGCUCCUGAUAAGGAAAAGCAAGCCCAAGGAGGAUGAGGACGAGCAGGAAGAGUUUGAGAUCCACGAAAUCGAUGACAUUGAAAUUGAUGAGCUGCCGCAGGUGGAAACAGGCGAGCAGGAAACGGCUAGCGCUGCUUCUCCGGACACUGCAGAUGACAAGAAUUCCGGCCUGGUCCUGACCCUGGUGAAGUCCGAGGACGUUGAUCCCACCGACUUUCGCGAGAAGAUCAAACGCCGUCUGCAACGAGCUCUGCAGAACAAGAAGAAAUAGCUGGAUGAUGGAUGAUGCUGCUGCUUAGGCACAGAAUCCAAGCCGCCGUGCCUUCAAUCUGACAAAUUUUAAAUACAUUUUCUUUACUAUUCAAUUCACUUUGCUACAAUUACUAGGUUUUGCACCAUACACAAAAAUACAACUAAAACUUACUCUAAUUUAGAUUUGCGUAAUAAAUUUUGAUGUCAAUAGA